GCACCAUGUCGACCUCGUCACUGCGGCGCCAGAUGAAGAACAUCGUCCACAACUACUCCGAGGCGGAGAUCAAGGUGCGCGAGGCCACCAGCAACGACCCCUGGGGCCCGUCCAGCUCCCUCAUGUCCGAGAUCGCGGACCUCACCUACAACGUGGUCGCCUUCUCCGAGAUUAUGAGCAUGAUCUGGAAGCGGCUCAACGACCACGGCAAGAACUGGAGGCACGUCUACAAGGCCAUGACGCUGAUGGAGUACCUCAUCAAGACGGGCUCAGAGCGCGUGUCUCAGCAGUGCAAGGAGAACAUGUAUGCGGUGCAGACACUCAAGGACUUCCAGUACGUGGACCGCGACGGCAAGGAUCAGGGCGUCAACGUGCGGGAGAAGGCCAAGCAGCUGGUGGCCCUGCUGCGCGACGAGGACCGGCUGCGGGAGGAGCGCGCCCACGCGCUCAAGACCAAGGAGAAGCUGGCGCAGACCGCCACCGCCUCGUCGGCAGCCGUGGCAUCGGGGCCCCCAGCUGAGGCUGAGCAGGCGUGGCCGCAGAGCAGUGGGGAGGAGGAGCUGCAGCUGCAACUGGCCUUGGCCAUGAGCAAGGAGGAGGCUGACCAGCCCCCGUCCUGCGGCCCCGAGGAUGACGUCCAGCUCCAGCUGGCCCUUAGUUUGAGCCGAGAGGAGCACGAUAAGGAGGAGCGGAUUCGUCGUGGGGAUGACCUGAGGCUGCAGAUGGCCAUCGAGGAGAGCAAGCGGGAGACCGGGGGUCAGGAGGAGUCGUCCCUCAUGGACCUCGCCGACGUCUUCACGGCCCCGGCUCCUCCGCCCACCUCGGAUCCCUGGGGAGGCCCAGCCCCCGUGGCCACUGGCGCCCCUACUGCUGCCCCUUCCUCGGACCCUUGGGGGGGACCCCCUGUUCCUCCUGCUGCCGAUCCCUGGGGCGGCCCUGCCCCGACGCCGGCCUCGGGAGACCCCUGGCGGCCAGCCGCUCCGGCGGGACCCACGGCCGACCCUUGGGGAGGGACCCCGACGCCCGCUGCUGGAGAGGGGCCCACGCCCGACCCCUGGGGGGGCGCCGAUGGUGGGGCCCCCCUCGGCGGGCCCCCCACCUCUGAUCCCUGGGCCCCGGCCCCGGCCUUCUCAGACCCUUGGGGAGGGUCCCCUGCCAAGCCCAGCACCAACGGCACUGCAGCAGUUGGGGGCUUUGACGCGGAGCCUGACGAGUUCUCGGACUUUGACCGCCUGCGGACGACGCUGCCGACCUCGGGGAGCAGCACGGGAGAACUGGAGCUGCUGGCUGGAGAGGUGCCCGCCCGCAGCCCUGGGGCCUUCGACAUGAGCGGAGUUGGGGGCUCCCUGGCUGAGGCUGUGGGGAGCCCCCCACCUGCAGCCACCCCGACCCCUACGCCCCCCACACGGAAGACGCCCGAGUCAUUCCUGGGGCCCAACGCAGCCCUCGUGGACCUGGACUCGCUGGUGAGCCGGCCUGGCCCCACGCCCCCAGGAGCCAAGGCCUCCAACCCGUUCCUGCCAAGCGGUGCCCCAGCCUCCGGCCCUUCGGUCACCAACCCAUUCCAGCCCGCGCCCCCCGCCACGCUCACUCUGAACCAGCUGCGUCUCAGCCCUGCGCCCCCCGUCCCCGGUGGGCCGCCUGCGUACAUCUCUCCCCUUGGCGGGGGCCCUGGCCUACCCCCCAUGAUGCCCCCGGGCCCCCCGGCCCCCAACACUAACCCUUUCCUCCUAUAAUCCCGGGGGAGGGGGACUUGGUCCCGCCCAGCUCCCCCGUUCCUGCUCCCUGGGGAUCAGUGUUGAGUGCAUGUGAAAUGGGGGCCCCUUUCCCCUCCGGGGCCCACUCACACUACACCCUCUUCCCAUCGCCCCCCACUCCCCUCCCCACAGAGAGACUGGACCUGGGGGGUGGGGCGGGCGCUGGUGGAGGAGGAACCUUUUCUGAGGCAUUAGAAGGGGGAGGGGCAGCAGGGGGUCCUCUUCCCGCCCCUCCAAACUCUUGACUCCCCUCAAUCAGUGUUGGAGCUUCCAUGUUCCCCUUACGCACCCUUGGCGAACCCUCGGUGAUGAUUUUGGCAACUUUGGGAAUAAAUGGCAGUUCUCUUGGGCGAGGC